CACAGGAUAGCUCGUCCUGCGACGUUGUAUGCUAUCCUGCAAGCUAACUGUGAUCUCCCAGCUUGCGGACGGAAUAGAUUAGAGACCAGAUUCUGCAGUAAACUGCAGUGUGCUUGCAGUGCUGGGGAAAUGGAGGCAUGGACAUUCGUGAAGGAGAGCCUCGGCUGUGCUGCAGGACUGACUCUAGCUGGGGAAGAGGAGCAGCAGCCGAACGCUAUCUGAGGAAGGCUGUGGGGGCAACAUCCACUGAAGCUGCAUGGCAGUCAAGUGUCUGCGAUUGGUUAUGAAACGCAUCUGUCUCUGUGCUGCCUCUCUGUCAAGCCAGGACUGGAGUAAAUAUGAUGAGAAACUACUGCAGGCCGUGGCGGCCUGCGAUGCAGAGAAAGUGGCCUCGCUCCUCAAUAAAAGGACCCUGCUCACGACAAAGCUCGACAUUGAGGGACAGUCAGCAUAUCACCUGGCUGCAAUAAAGGGUCAUGUGGAUUGUCUGGAAGUUUUCUUGGCCCAUGGAGUGGAUGUCACUGCACUGGAUGGCUCAGGAAUGAAUGCUUUACAUUUGGCAACAAAACACGGGCACCAUCAGUGUGUGAAGAGACUUCUACAGGAAAAAUGCCCAGUGAAUGCAGUUGACUGUAAGGGCAGGAUUGCACUACAUUACGCAGCUCUAAGUGGAAACUUUUCCUGUGUUCAGACCCUGUGUGAUUUCAAGGGCCCUAUAAAUGUUUAUGAUGAUGAUGGCUGCACUCCGUUGGUGCUGGCUGCACAGAUGAGCAACUACGAGAUGUGCAGAUGUCUGAUAAUGAGAGGUGGAGAUGUCAACAGCAGGGACAAGCAGGGAAGAACAGCUUUGAUGCUAGCCUGCGAAAACAACAGUGUGGAGACGGUCAAUGUUCUUGUCAGGAGUGGAGCUAAUGUCAGCCUAGUGGAUGCGCUGGGUCAUGAUGCUGUACACUACAGUAUGGUGACUGGAAAUCCAGAAAUCCUGCAACUCCUUCAUGCUGCACUUCACAGGAACUACUGGAAUAAUGCCGAACCGGAAUUGAGGAGGAGGCAACAUCAGGUUUUAGCAAAAGAGAAAACUACAAGUCCCCGAAAGAGGCAAGCCCCCUUGCCACCAAGCACCCCGUCUACUCAGAGCCCUACGGAAUCCUGUGAAUUUCUCUCCACUGGUGAAUCAACGAGCCCAUCCUAUUCUUCCACGGAAACACUCACACCAAAGAAUGACCAGAAGUUAAGUGAGGAGGUAUUCCAGCUUCAAGAAGAGCGGCAGCACCUGCUACAAACAAUUAGCAACCUGGAGCAGCUGGUGGACAAGUGCCAGCGGGAGAAGGUGCUGAUUGCAAAAGACAGUGGAGUUCAUAAACUUGAGAAUCAGGUACAGGAGCUCACAAACAAGCUAUCUGAGAAAGAGCAACAACGUCAAGACGUUACCAAGCAGGUUGAAAUUCUGCAGGGCAAACUAUCUUUGCAUGAGGGCAAACAUCAUGAGAAUGACUUAACGGAUGAGGAUGAAAUGCUCUCCAGUUUUUCAGGAACUGAGAAUCUAUUUUCAGAAAGUAGUCUUGACCAUCCCAGUGAGGAAUGGGUUGCAACUCUGCAGAGCCAAGUAGAGAGUCUCACAACAGAAAAUCAGGAGCUGCAAAGAAAACUCCAGGAGUUGGAACAUUUCGAGAAAGGAGCAAAUGAGAGGGGUUCUUCAGAAAGCCUUGAUUUUAUUCCAGUUCUUCUCUAUGAUUCAUUACGAGCAGACUUUGAGAAGUUGAAGGAACAGUAUGAAGGGCCGCAGGUUAAAAUUGUAGAGAGAGUUAAUUCAGCAACCUCUGGAAGGUUAGUCCCAGUGGAAGCAUAUGAGCAAUUAAAAAUGGAACAUGAGGAAGAAGUUCAGAGACUGCAAGACAUUCUUGAAGAGUUCAAGGCCAAAAUAGAUGCAAAGGCAGAGGGUUCAUCCAAAUCUCUGACCUCAGAAUUGAAAGACAUGGCAGAACUUGGAAGCCACGAUAUUCAAGAUCUCAAAAGAAAAUUGAAAGAAACUCAAGAUAAAUACGAGAUAGCAAUGACAGAGAUUCAUCAGCUCGAAGAGCGGAUGCAACUAGGAAUCCUUUCAAUGGUACGAAAUGAAGGUGCAAUGAACACAGACGGUGCAAAAUCUAUCCAUGGGCAUGAACUAGAGAAUGUUAAAAUGAAGCUUCUGCAAGCACUUGAAGCAAAAGGACAGGAGGAAAAGAAAGUAAAAGUAUUGGAGGAAACAUUGUGCGAAAUGGAGACGACUCUGUCUGACAGUGUUCCUUUGAAAGAAUAUGAUGAAAUGAAGAUUUCACUCAGUAUCUCACUUGAAGAAAUUUCUAAGGAGAAUUCCUUGCUGACAGAAAAAUAUAACAAAGCAGAAGAUGAACUCGAGGAGCUGAGGAGAAGCCAUUUUGGGAAGACCACUGAAGAUGACACAAAAUCAUCCAGAGACGUUGAAGAGCAGCUCGAAGGCCUGAAGAAAGCCCAUGAAGAAUUGCAAGAAAAGUGCAGAGACAUUCAAGCUGAAUACAAAAUUAAAGUUGAAGAACUCAGGUUAGCUCACUCCACACUUGUUCCAAAAGAAGAGUACGAUGAAGUGAAGGAGACGUUAAGUAGAUCACUCGGAGAAGCCCAGAAACGGUUCUCCAAUUUAGAAGCGAAACACAGUGAAGUCCAGCAAGAAAUCGUAAGGUUGCAAAAUGAGCUAGAUCACCAAAUGAAGAAUUCGGUGUCAAAGAGUGAACACGAGAAGACAAAGGAAUCACUUGAGAAAUCCCUCCACAAUGUAAAUAAGCUGAAAGAGCAACUGGCGUUAAAGGAUAAAGAGAUGUCCCAACAGCAGGAGGAGCUGCAGAUAAUUAAAGGACAAACCAUUCAAAAAGAAGAGCAUGAGAAGGUCAUGUGCUCCCUGAAGGCCGAGGUAAAUUCUUUGGUAAUUAAAUUAAAUGAUCUGACCAAGAAGCAUGAGAAGACCUGCACGGAGGUGUUCCAGGUGCAGAGACAAGCACUCUUCAUGAAGAGUGAGAAACACGCGGCAGAGGAGCAGGUAACUGCAGUGAAUAAACAACUCCAUGACUUAAAAUCUGAGUCAACGAAGAUCAUCAAAUUGCAUAAACUCAUCGAGGACUCUGCUGCCAUUGUUAAAGAAAAGGAUAAGAAGAUAACUGAACUUUCGAAAGAGGUGUCCAAAUUGAAGGAGGCUUUGAACAGCCUGUCAGAACGGGCCAGCGCUGCUGUGCUACCUCCCAAACCAGUCUCCACAUACAACCAACAGCAUGCUGAAUCCUUGCAGAGGCAGAUCAAACUGCUGCAGCAGCAGCUGGCACAGGUGGAGGGUGACCAUAGAGCUAUUGUAACCAUUUACAGAUCACAUCUCCUUUAUGCUGUUCAGGGCCGAAUGGAUGAAGAUGUUCAAAACGUAUUACUUCAGAUUUUAAAAAUGCACAAAUAUCAUGAGCAAGUCCUGUGAUGCUUUUUAAGACGUCUCAAUAUUUUAUUGAUAAUGAGCUAUUUAUUGCUCACAAUGACACGGUUAAAACUAUUUAGUACAUUUUAUCUUCUAAUUUUUCAAGUUAAGGACACAGCAAUUUAAGGGGAAACAGGGAAAGAGUAUCUGUGGCAUGGAGCCUAUCUUCUGAAUGGCCAACAUGGGAAAUUGAAACCAGUGUGUUGGGUGAGUUGGUUAGUGAUGUUGGCCCAUACUGAGUAUAAUAAUAUGGAGCCCGAAACAAUAAAGUGGAAAUACUUAAUGCUAA